AUGAAGCUCCUCUAUCCAACCUCCAUCAAGCUCAACCUCGAGGAGAAGCUCAAGGGCCUUGACGUCACUCCCAUCGCCUAUGACCCCGCAAAGCCCUUCCCCGAUGAGCAUGUCGACGCGGAUUUCCUCGUCACAUGGGCCAACACAAAGGACAACCUCCGCGAUGCUGUCGCCCGAAUGAAUAACCUGCGCUGGAUUCAGUCGCUCGCCGCUGGCCCCAACGACGUUCUGUCUGCCGGCUUCGACCAGAGCCGCAUCACCGUGACGUCAGGUUCUGGUCUGCACAACUUACCUGUUGCCGAGCACGCCCUGGGUCUGCUUCUCACUGCUUGCCGUAGAUUCCACGAAAUGCGCGACUGCCAGGUCCAGAGAAAGUGGGCUAAGCACCUCUGUGGCGACCCUACCAUCCCCGCCAACAUGUUUUCCACCCUGCGCAACGCCGAGAUCCUCAUCUGGGGCUAUGGUAACAUUGCCAAGACCCUGACGCCGUAUCUCAAGGCCCUAGGUGCCAACGUUCGCGGCAUUGCUCGUGAGCAGGGUACCCGAGACGGCGUCGAGGUCUUCACUGUGGACCAGCUCCCUACGCUGCUGCCUACCAUUGAUGCCCUCGUCAUGAUUCUUCCCGGUAGCGAGACUACUCGCCAUGCGCUCAAUGCCGAGCGCCUGAGCUACAUGCGCGAGCACUCGUGGGUCGUCAAUGUCGGCCGCGGUACCUCUGUUGACGAAGAGGCCCUCUAUGAAGCUCUGACCAAGGGCCAGAUUGGCGGUGCUGCCCUCGACGUCUUUGAGACGGAGCCCCUCCCGGAAUCCAGCAAGUUGUGGUCUGCCCCUAACUUGGUCGUCUCCCCUCAUGCUGCUGGUAACCGUCCCCUCGGAUCCGAGGACUUGAUUAGAGAAAACCUGGAGCUUUUGAUUGGCGGCAAGGCGCUCAAGAACGUCAUGCCCGGAACUGGUCCCCAGAACAAGCUAUAG